AUGACAGAAGCAAACAACGCCCAAUUUUUGUCAGAUUGGAGAAAUUCCAGAACUGGGGGUAAUAAUUUUACAAACAAUGCUUCAUCUUUUUUUUCCAACAUCGGAAACAACAUAAGCAAUACUUUCCAAGAUACACUCGAGGGUGCACAGAAUGUUUUACCAUUAAACACAAGUGAUUUGCUAGGGUCAAACGAAGAACCAGAGUGGUUUACAUUAUCUAGGUUUGAAAGAUAUUCAGGAUUUUUCAUUUUAUUGCUUGGAUCGGUUGCAUGUUUUGCACUUGGGUUUUUCUUGUUCCCUGUGUUGACCUUGAAACCAAGAAAGUUCGUGAUGCUCUGGACAUUAGGUUCGACAUUGUUCUUUCUUUCUUUUGGUGUUUUACAAGGUCCUGUUUCUUAUUUAAGACAUUUGUCUAGCAAGGAGAGACUGCCGUUCACCGUUGUUUUUGUCUUUAGUCAAAUAGCUACAAUUUACUGUGCAGUUGUGUUGAAGAGUACCAUCCUCAGUUUAAUCACGGGAAUCAUUGAAAUUAUGGCCAUUUUAUGGUACACUGCUAGUUACUUUCCAUUUGGUGCACAAACCAUGCAAUAUAUAUUUGGUGCCGGGGCACGCCAGGUGACAGGCAUGGUGGGGAUUUGA